AUGGAGAAGGAGCACAUUAAUGGCGAUCUGUCAAGUCUAAGUCAGUUACCCAAAGAGCCCCAACAUCUGCGGAAGCUCUUCACUGGAGGUUUGAGCUUUGAAGCAACCAAUGAGAGUCUGAGGAGCCAUUUUGAGCAGUGGGGAACGCUCAGAGAUUGUGUGGUAAUGAGGGAUCCAAACACCAAGCGCUCCAGAGGCUUCAGGUUUGUCACAUAUGCCACUGUGGAGGAGGUGGAUGCAGCCAUGAAUGCAAGGCCACACAAGGUGGAUGGAAGAGUUGGGGAACCAAAGAGGGCCGUCUCAAGAGAAGAUUCUCAAAGACCUGGUGCCCACUUAACUGUGAAAAAGAUUUUUGUUGCUGGCAUUAAAGAAGACACUGAAGAACAUCACCUAAGAGAUUAUUUUGAACAGUAUGGGAAAAUUGAAGUGACUGAAAUCAUGACUGACCGAGGCAGUGGCAAAAAGAGAGGCUUUGCUUUUGUAACCUUUGAUGACCAUGACUCCGUAGACAAGACUGUCAUUCAGAAAUACCAUACUGUGAAUGGCCACAACCGUGAAGUAAGAAAAGCCCCAUCUAAGCAAGAGAUGGCUGAAACUUUGCUGGUGGUCGUGGAGGUGGUUUUGGUGGGAAUGACAACUUUGGUCAUGGAGGAAACUUCAGUGGUCGAGGUGGCUUUGGUGGCAGCCAUGGUAGUAGUGGAUAUGGUGGCAGUGGGGAUGGCUGCAAUGGAUUUGGUGGAAUCCAAAUUGGUGGAAGCAAUUUUGGAGGUGGUGGAAGCUACAAUGAUUUUGGAAAUUACAACAAUCAAUCUUCAGCUUUUGGGCCCAUGAAAGGAGGAAACUUUGGAGGCAGAAGUUCUGGCCCCUAUGGUGGUGGAGGCUAAUACUUUGCCAAACCACGAAAGCAAGGUGGCUAUGGUGGUUCCAGCAGCAGCAGUAACUAUGGCAGUGGCAGAAGGUUUUAAUUACUGCCAGGAAACAAAGCUUAGCAGGAGAGGAGAGCCAGAGAAGUGACAGGGAAGCUACAGGUUACAACAGAUUUGUGAACUCAGCCAAGCACAGUGGUGGCAGGGCCUAGCUGCUACAAA